CUUACUCGGCAAAUCUUUAAAUACCUACUGGCUGCACUCGUUGUCCGACCACUCUCCCUUUAUUAUAUCGUGUCUACGUCGUCCGUUGCGUGACAACGCGAACGCACAUCGUGAACGUGCGAACGUGCGUUCUGCGUCAACGUGCACGAGACAUGGAGUGGCGAACGGUGGUGGUGAUAGUGCUGGUCGUGAGCCUUUGCUUCUUUAUCGUACCGAUCAGAGUCGGGCCCGAUAAAGCUGUCGAGGAGGACGCAGAACUGUUCGCGAAAUACGUAGCCCGAUACAAUAAAUCCUACAAGAAUGAGCCCGCGGAAUAUAAUAAGAGAUUCGAGCAUUUUCAGAAAUCAUUGCGACAUAUCAAAAAGCUGAACGGUUUACGGUCGUCGCAGGAAAGCGCGUACUACGGGCUAACAAAAUUCUCCGAUUUGUCCAAAGAUGAAUUCUUGCAACAAACGCUACUCCCCGAUUUACCUUUGCGGGGGCAAAAACACAUGAUAGCGUCGUAUUAUCAUCAGCAUCUUACGAGCUCGGUUAAUCGUGUGAAGAGAUUGACGGGUAUACCCUCUAAGUUUGACUGGCGCGACCAAAAGGUAGUAGGACCAGUUGCGAGCCAAGAGAGUUGCGGCGCGUGUUGGGCGUUCAGCACUGUCGGGGUGGCCGAAUCGAUGUACGCCAUCAAAAACGGAACUUUAUAUUCCUUUAGCGUGCAGGAAAUGAUUGACUGCAUGCCAGGCGGUAACGGAUGCCAGGGUGGUGACAUAUGCAGUUUACUCUCGUGGCUGUCGACGUCGAAAACAAGAAUUACAUCUGAGACUGAUUACCCUCUCACAUUGCGAGCCGAUACGUGUAGAUUGCCUAAAAUAGCCGCGAAGACAUCGGGAGUUAUAGUAACGGACUUCACAUGCGACAGCUUUGUAGACGCAGAGACUGAACUUUUGACGCAGCUCGUUACUCAUGGACCCAUGGCGGCUGCUGUGAACGCCAUAUCUUGGCAGCAUUAUUUAGGCGGCGUAAUACAGUGCCAGUGUGAUGGUUCGUUCAACAGCUUGAAUCAUGCGGUGCAGAUAGUGGGAUACGACACGGCAGCGAGUAUACCGCAUUAUAUCAUUAAAAAUUCGUGGGGACCGUCCUUUGGCGACAAAGGUUACAUUUACAUUGCGGUCGGCAAAAAUUUAUGCGGUAAGAUCAAUGAACAAGCAGCGUGCAAUAUUUCGCGUUAAUUGUAUUGAGUGCUUUAUUUCUCUUUAACGGAUAAACGAAUAUCUUGUCGUUUGUUUGCAGGUAUAGCCAAUCAGGUCUCGUCGCUCGAAGUUGGCUAACUAAUCAGA